GAGUCUUCUUUCUUCGUCUCUCCGUUUCAAUUCCAACGACACAAAAUCAAAUGUCCCAAAUUUAUUUAAUCUAGGGUUUCCUUUCGCAAGUCGCAAACCUUUCCUCCCACUCCCACUCAUAAUCUAGGGUUUCAUCUAUCUGACCCUUCUUUCUUCCCCUCUCGUGCGUUCAAAUAAUUUUGGGUUUCCAAUUCGUUCAUUCGCUUUUGUUUUUUUGUGGUCGUGUUUUUCGUGUGUUUUGGUGGUUGCGAUUGAUUCAGAUUUUUGGGUUUUUAGGCUUUUGAGGGGUUUUAGGAAUGGCUACGGCAGGUGAAGAAGGGCUUGACUACGAGAGUGAUCCCGAAGAGGCCACGAGAUCGCUCGCAAUGCGGAGAAGGCGCGAGGCCAGUGAUGAUGAGGAAGGCGACGCUGACACCGACGCGAGAAACACCGCAGUCGAUCGCCGGAUAACCCAUUCCGAUGAUUCCGACGGUGAGGGUGGCGUGGCAGAUUAUGACGACGAAGAAGAAUUGGAAGAAGAGGAAGAAGAAGAGGAGGAGGAAGAAGAGUUGUUGGAAGAGGAAGAGGAUGAGGGUAAGGUUGGAGAGGAAAGAGGUUUGAAUGGAACAGUAGUUAAGGACUCCGAUGCUGAUGUUAAAGGCCCUUUGGAGGAAUCUGGGAAUGGAGAUGAUGAAGAGAAGAAGGAGAAUGAACCGUUUGCGGUGCCCACUGCUGGAGCAUUUUAUAUGCACGAUGAUCGCUUCAGGGAUAAUGCCGGUGCACGCCACAGGCGCAUGCGUGGUGGAAGGAGACUCUGGGAGUCCAAGGAUGACAGGAAAUGGGGACAUGAUAAGUUUGAGGAAAUUUCUCUGCAAGAAAGGCAAUACAAAGAGGGAAGGAGACCUUCUAAGGGUAGUUAUCGAGGUCGUGGAGGUAAAACACGAGGUGUUGAUCGCAGUGGAGGAUAUGUCCGAGGUAACAGAAAAGGGUAUGAUAACAGAGGCAAUCAAACACAGGCACCCAAGAGUGUUGUGCGAGGGAGAGGACCCCGUAGGUACGAGCCUACUAAUAAGAGCAAUGAUUCAGCAUCUCAUGUGCAAAAUAAACAAUACGGGAAACAGCCUGAGAAAGUUUCGCAUGGUGGUUCAGGGAAAACUUUCACCCCUGUCUCUAAUUCAGAACCCGAUCCUGUACCUUCUAAGAAACAGGUCUUUGCAUCAAAUUUGAAUUAUGCUUCUCCCCCUUUUUACCCUUCGAGUUCUUCCAACAAAGAUACAAGUGUGACAUCAAAAGGGGAUAUCCCAAUUGCUGCUUCGAGUAGGAACGCUCGGCCUGGUGUUGUCGAUGAGGGAUUUUUGGUUCAACAGAACAACGUACUUCUCCGGGGAAAGAAUGUUGUCGAUCAUGUCAGCAUGGAGAAGUUGUAUAUUGAUGGGCCUGGCGCCCCAUCUGUUGGGAAAGCUUUUAACAAUUUGCAUAUGCCGCCACCUGGAUCUUCUGGAGUUAAUGCAUCUCAAUCUACUCAUCCAAGAGGUACUGGAAGGGGUGGAGCAGUGCCAGUGCAGAUGAAUUAUCAGCCUGCUGCUUCUCAUAAUCAAGCUGGUAAAAUUGAUCCAACUCAACUCCAGGCUAUUCAGAGAACUGCUCCUGGGCGAACUUCUCCGUCUGUGCAAGCCCCUGCUCCACAGUUGGGUCAUCGACCUGGUACUGGGUCUCAGGCUUCAUCUCCCCCAAUCACAACCGCUGCAAUUGGUUCAUUGGAUUCUGGAGAAAUUGAGGCAGCUUCGGAAUCAGGUAAAUUGAAGGGUGCGUUGGUUGGGAAGGGAAGGGAGGCUUCCCAGGGUAGCGGAAGGGGUUCUUUUGUUUAUGGUGGAACUAUGGGUACUGCUGGAAAUAUCAAUGGUAAUCAUGGAGAUCAGAACUUUCCAACCUUUUUGCCAGUUAUGCAAUUUGGUGGGCAGCAUCCUGGUGGCUUAGGAGUUCCUGCGGUUGGCAUGGCAUUCCCUGGAUAUGUUGCUCAGCCUCAACUUGGUUUGGGAAACUCUGAAAUGACAUGGCUACCGGUUUUGACUGGAGCAGCAGGAGCUUUAGGGGCUGCUGGAGCUUUAGGGGCGGCAGGUGCUUUAGGGGCCACAUACUGUCCACCCUAUCUCACUGUUGAUGGUGCUUAUCAUGCACGACAAUCAGGGCAGACAUCCGCAACAGCUACUUCAAGCAAGGAAAAUAAUGUGAAUAAAGGUAGCAAUGAAUGGAAGGCACCACCAAAGUCUGAGACUGUAAAUGAUGAGUUUGGACAGCGGCAUAAUAAACCCCGCAGAUACUCGGAGAUGAACUUUGGGCAGUGAAGUAUUAUAUAGAAUGCAACUUGUUUGAAUAAGAAGGCCUUCUUCCUACUGGUCCUUUGUCCUCCAGCUUUUGUUCUGGAGUACUUUGGGCAGCGAUAUGUUUCAAGAAUUUUUAGUAUAUAACCGCCUGUUCACGCUGUUGUCCAUUUAAAGAAGGUUAAUUGCAGCUUGGCAGGUGGUAGUUGCUUGUGUAAUUGUGCGAUUUUUCUUGCGUUUUGCUUUCGUUAAGCUCGUGAGAAACAUAGGCAGGCUUUUCUACAACUAUAGAUGUGGGGAAAGAACGACGAUUGUUUUGCAGCAACUGAUUUGCUCGUGGAGUUAAGAAUUUCUCGUGUAAAUGGUUUUCUUAUUGUUAUGGUAUUUUACUUAUGGUAAAUUAUCGUGAGCCGUUAAUAGUGUAAUCCUUUAUAUUUUUCCACAUUCAUCCAAGUGUUUUUUGACUGCGUGCUAUUUUUGCCUUCUGAAUUUCUUUUGUUUCUUCUGUCAACACUUGAAACUCAGACGUCGUAUUAUGAAAGGAAGUUAAUAUAUAGUAUUUUGUUACCAAGAACAGGUUUGAUAUUC